GUAAUGGAUGAGGUUGAAGUUUCGAACCGACCCACACUCUGUGAGAAGAAGCUCUCCAAGCUCAACUGCCUUGCACUCUUUCUUGACGACAAGAGAGGUCAAGUAGACUAGAUCUAAGUGUGUUGUGUUGAUUACUACCGUGUUGUAAAGAGAAGAGAGAUACAUGGCCGCAACAACCAAACUCGUUGUGCUGUUGGCAUGGAUCGCCCCGUCCGCCGUUUGUGGAUUCUUCAAUUUGCAUCGAACGAAAAGGUUCCAUCCGCUCAAAUCUACGGCGGCCAAUGCAGACAUUGUCCCGGAUUCAAAAGUGGUUGGUGUAGAACCGACGGAUACUAGUCGCUUGAACUGGCAUCCACCACCCGUUGCCUUUGACCACCACUUCAACGGCCCUGACAAUGAUCACUUUAGUCAACCAUAUUCAUUUUUCCAAUAUGGAAACACUUCCAAGGGCGCUCCGAGACUUCGAAAAGACAGCCAGAGUGCGUUGGAUGCCAGUGCUUCUGUGGAAUGGCAGCCGCUGUCUCUUGCCUUUCUUCCAGACGAAAAUGCCAACCGCUACAGCUUGCCUCCUCAGACAGAACAGGCGUCUCAGUUUGACUAUCAAGGAGUAUUGACUGGCAGUGAACACGAUGAAAGCAACAAAGAAGACCCCGCAAUGAAGGAGAAAGAGAAUCCAAACAAAUCCAUGGACUGGAAUCAGCCUCCCCCACCGUUUCUCAACCAAAUCAAUGACUAUCAGCUACCACCAAGGUCAGCAUCCGAGGGCGGUCAAGUCACAGUGGGAGACGAUGACACCAAACCUUCAGAAGGAAUCAUUGAGCAGUCUGACGCUUCCUCCAUGAAGUGGCAUCCUCCCCCAGAUGCAUUUCCAAAUCAGAUCAAUACAUUUCAGCUGCCGCCAACCGUCAAGCCUCCACAAACAUUUUUUGAGUACGGUGGGAUUACAGAGACUGGAAAAAGGAAGGAUCAAAAAACUGUCUCUGCUCCAAUAUUUGACAAUGAUGCUGCUUCCAUGGAAUGGUAUGAACCUCCUGGCGCAUUUCCAAACAAAAUCAAUACAUUCCAACUGCCUCCUACGGUCAAGCCUCCAUCAACACUUUUUGAGUAUGGUGGAAUCAUGACAGGCAAUAGCAAGGACGUUGUUGGGUCCAAUGCCAUGGUUUUCCAGAAUGAUACUGCUUCUAUGGAGUGGCAUGAACCUCCUGGUGCAUUUCCAAACAAAAUCAAUACAUUCCAACUGCCUCCUACAGUCAAACCUCCACCAACACUUUUUGAGUAUGGUGGGAUCAUGACAAGUGAUACUGAAAAGGGUCAAGCUGACACUGACACCACUUCUGAGAUGGUGGAAAACGACUCUGCCUCCAUGGAGUGGCACCCGCCACCCGCUGCUUUUGCAAAUCAGAUCGACAACACUUAUCAGUUGCCGCCAACUGUCAAGCCUCCUCUAACACUGUUUCCCUAUGGUGGAAUCACUACUAGAACGAGAACAACCCUAUUUGCUACAUCGGUAGACAACACGAAUGCUGCGUCCACUACAACAUCUGCGCCACCAUUGGAUUUACCUACGUUUGAUGACGUUGUGGAAGCAUCCGAAAUCUUGGAGGGCAUUGCGCAUGAGACUCCAGUGGAGACGAGCCGUACGCUGGAUGACGAAUUGGGUGUAUCGGCGUUUUUCAAAUGUGAAAACAAACAACGCAUGGGCGCCUUCAAAUUCCGUGGAGGCUACAACGCGCUCUCCCACUUGAGUGCCAAGCAAAGAGAUGCCGGAGUCUUGACAUUUUCAUCUGGAAAUCACGCCCAAGCGAUUGCGUUGAGUUCCAAAAUCCUUGGUUGCAAAUCGACCGUUAUCAUGCCAGAAGACGCACCCAAGCUCAAAGUUGCUGCUACCAAGGGCUAUGGUGCAACCGUGAUCUCUUACGACCGCUAUAAGGAGGACCGAGAAGCUUUAGCGCGAGACUUGCAGGAAAAGGAAGGUGCAGUUUUUGUGCCUCCCUAUGACGACAAGUACGUUAUUGCUGGACAGGGGACGAGUGCCAAAGAGCUUAUUGAGACACUAAAGACGGAGAAGAAUAUUGAACUGGACUAUCUCUUGGUAUGCGUCGGUGGAGGAGGCUUGAUUAGUGGGAGUGCUUUAUCAGCGAAGGCUCUGUCUCCCAACUGCAAAGUGAUUGGUAUUGAACCUGAAGCUGGCAAUGACGCCCAGCAAUCAAUGGAAAAAGGAGAGAUUGUCAAGAUUCCAACUCCCCCAACAAUUGCCGACGGAGCUCAGACUCAGUACAUUGGAAAGCUGACGUUUGAGAUUAUGAAGGACAAGGUGGAUCAUAUCAUCACUGUAUCUGACGAGGAAUUAGUAGAAGGCAUGAAAUUCUUUGGGGAAUGUAUGAAGAUGAUUGUUGAGCCAACUGGUUGUCUCGGACUCGCAGGUCUUCGCAAGCUGGUUGCCAAUGGUACAAUUGCAAAAGGAUCCAAGUGUGGUGUGAUUAUCUCGGGUGGGAACGUUGAUUUGUCUCGGUACAGCGAUCUUGUGUCUCCACGUUGAGGGGUGGCUCGAAGGCUUGCACGCACGGAGCAUUCUUUGAACACAAGGUACCAUUUUGCAUAGUUCUUUUGCGUCACUAAGAAGUGAAAGUUUAAUUAUUAAGUAGAUUAAUGCCAAUAAGGCGUUUAUCCGAUACCAUAACCUCCAUGUCGGCG